CGCGGGGACUGCCGGGAGUGGCGCGGUGCCCGCUGGGAGCAGGUCACCAUGGCGGCCCGUGUCCUCUCGGCCUGCGUCCGCCGGCUGCUGCCGCGCCCGCCGCCCGCCCCGCGGCCCGCCGCGCUCGGCACCCUCUGCCGCCUGCCGGCCCCGCCGCGGGCGCUGCCGUUGGUACAGGUGCCGCGGGUGGCCUGGCCGGCCUGCCGCCGCUUCUCCGAGCUGCCGCCCCUCACCCUGGCCGACAUCAAGGAGCGCGUCCUCUACGUCCUCAAGCUGUACGACAAGAUCGACCCGGAGAAGCUCACAGCCGAGUCCCACUUCAUGAAGGACCUGGGUUUGGACAGUUUGGACCAAGUGGAAAUCAUCAUGGCCAUGGAAGAUGAAUUUGGAUUUGAAAUUCCUGAUGGAGAUGCAGAAAAGUUAAUGUGUCCACAAGAGAUUGUAGAUUACAUUGCAGAUAAGAAGGAUGUUUAUGAAUAAAAAAAAAAAAAGAGUUCUUCAAAGCUGAGAGAUGUCUCUACCACCACGACAGGGCUGGUGUCAGCGGGUAUGAAUAUAAGCGCACAUGCUGUACCGUUGCUGCUUUCAUUGGAAAGUUGUACUUGGACAUUGUAUUUAAAGCUGUCUGAAUAUGUUGUCCUUUAAAAACAAGAAAGAAAAAAAAAGGAAUAAAGAUCUAAGACCA